CUGUUAGAUCUAUAUAAAAGAGGAAUGAUAAACUGGAACACAGGACUGGUACACAGUCAAAGCGCAGAGAUUACUUCCUUCUUUACAGCACUCUCCAACACUGAAGAAUAAUGAAGACUCUGGUCCUGGCUCUGGUUUUUGCCUUGAUGCUGAUGAGUGGUUCUGCUCUGAAAUGCAACAACUGUGUUCCACUUAGUGGAACCGGAUGUAUUAACAAGAUUGAAACCUGUGGCUAUAAAAAAGAUGCCUGUAUCUCCGCCCGAUUCACCAUCUACCCCUAUACCUACUUCAAGAGAUGCAUCGCAAUGUCAGACUGCCUCCUUCUACAGUCCAAUCCUAACAUUGUAGCCCAUUGCUGUCAGAGGGACCUCUGCAAUUAAGAAAAUCCAGUAAUCAUAAACAUACCUGAUCUAAGAGAUGAUCUUUUCAUUAUUACUUAUUUAGAAACAUCAGCAGUGCGCUCGGUUCUGUAACUAAAUCUGUUUGACCUUGAUAAAGCUUGACAAUCUUGUACUGAGGAGAUGCAUUUUAAAUAAAGUCUAUUCAGCAGCAA